AUGGGCGGCGCCGGGAGAGGGGGCACAAGCGGGAGUAGAGAGGAGGAGGAGCUCUACGACGGCAGCCGGUGCACGCUCCGGGAGCAGGAGCAACCAGUUGCCCGGGUGGUGUACUCCCCGAGUGGCAGGAGCAACGAGACGACGGCGGCGGCGAGCCUUGUUGCGCUGGAUUCUCGCCGCUGGAACAGCAGCAUCGCGCAGCAUGUGUCGGCGACGGCGGCGGGGCUCGUGCUCGGUGACGGUGCGCGAUCGCCGGACGCGGCGGCGGUAGCCAGCCAUGGAUGCUUCGGCAGGCGACCCACACAGCUGGAGAGACACGUCCGUGAUGUCCAAGAAGGUGCGGGCCGCCCGGAGCCCGGACGACGGCAGCUAGCCAUGGCGUUCACUCGCGCGCGUUCUCCCUGUGCCGCUCUCUUCUCCUUCUCGCUCGUGUGGUCGUGCGCGUCGCUGCUACUGCUACUGCCGCCCGUGGCCCACGCGUCGGGGUUCUUCGAGCUCCAGGUUCUGGGCAUCGAUAACCCCGGCGGACUACUGCUGGACGGCGGGUGCUGUGGUUCGCGAUGUCCCGGCCGCUGCAACACGUACUUCCGACUCUGCCUCAAGGAGUACCAGGCGCAGGUGGACCUGUCGGGAGCGUGCACCUUCGGCAACCUGACGUCGCCUCUCAUCGGCGGCAGCUCGUUCUCGCUCCAGACGCACCCGGACCGGCAGCUCCUGCUUAGGCUGCCCUUCCACUUCCGAUGGACG